CCUAAAAGCUCAGUGCGCAUGCGCGGCAAAGUCUUUACCGGAGCAGUUAGGUACUACUGUACCAGCACUAAUGGCGGAGUACGCAUGCGCAGUGGAGUCUUUACCGGAGCCCUAAUGGCGGAGAACGUACGGUCGCCUUUUGACUAUCGGGAGCCACCGACUCUCGACAGCGAUGGAGACGGUGGCAAGCCUCCGCCACCUCGGGGGCGAGUAUGUGGCCGAAAGAGGAAGGGCACUCCAGUGAAGGUGUGCGACCGUGCAUAUGUGACUGAAGAUGAAGAGGAAAGUUUGUCUGAACACAGUUACAGCCCAGGUGAAGGGCAGUACCCAGAUGAAGCAGAGGACCGGCUUCCCCCUCCCAGUAGUCCUUACUAUCUCGCUGAUCCAUCCCAGCUUUGUGUAUCGGAGCUCGGCGAAGAAGGUGCCAGUGGUGUUCGCGGCCCUGUGCUCUUUCCACCUCUACCACCUAACUGCAGGAUCAGAGAGGUACAUUGUGGGAGUCAGGUACGACUGGUUGUCAUAGCGAUCAGAGACAUCGCCAAGGGCGAGGAAAUUACGGUGGACUACAACUUGGCUGAGUGGGGCGAAAAUGCGCUGGCUUUCCAUCGCUCUGUAUCACCACGAGGAUUUGAAUGCGCCUUCAGUCCAGACAGCAAUAUUAAGAAGGAAGAGGAGGCAGCUCCAUCUCUCCCUCUGUCUCUCACAGUUUCAGACUACCUCACUCCCUCGUGGUCUCUCUCUCCUUCAUCGUCUCCUCUGUCUCGCUCCGAGGCCAGUGAUUCAGACCGAGAGGAAGAUGAAGAGGAAGAGGAGGAUGAGGAAGAGGAUGACGAAGAGGAAGAAGACCUUGAAGAGCUGAGGGGCCGCAUGAUGCGGAGACGCAAGAAGCGGAAAACGACGAAUAACACAGCCAAAAAAAAGCCUCAACCCAGCCCUCUUUCCUUCCCUCCAUCCUCCUCACCUUUCCAGACACCUUUAGCCCCACCUACCACAAACAUAAACAAUAACAUAAACAUAAACAUUAGCCGCAGCGCCAGCAGGAAGCAGCACUGUCCUCACUGCGGCCGCCAUUUCCGCUCUUUGGCUCGGCAUCUUGAAAAGCACCACGAUCAGCAACCGGAAAUCCGGAAUGCCAUGGAACUGUCUCAUGGCCCACGAGCCUCUCACACACCAUCCUCAACACACACACGUGGCUCACACUCGUUCACCUCACCACAGCCCUCUGCUUCCUCCUCCUCUUCCUCCUCAGCCACCCCCAAUCUCUUCUCUCGUGACUCGUCUGGCUCUGGUUCGGCGGCCAUGUCGUUCUCCCUCUCCCUCUCUCCUCCUACACGCCGUCCUUCCAACAAAAAGAGCCCCGCCUCUGUCUCCACUCCACCCAAAAAGGCACCUACAGCAGCAGCUGUGAAAAAGUCCCCCAGUCCUCCAGCCAAAAGGGGGAGACGGCCAAAGAAGGAGAAAGAAGAGAAGCAAAAGAAACAGGAGGAGAUGGAACGAGCGAAAGAAGAAGCUCCUCCCACUCCGGGACGAAAUGAAGAGGAAGAAAGAGAGGAGGUAGAAGAUGAGGAGCUGGAUCUGACCGAAAUGAGGGACGAUGACAGCGGAGAAGAGAAGAAUGGUGCUAGCUCUCACCGCUCCCACGUGUCUCCUCUCCUGUCCUCUCUCUCCACCCUGGUUUUGUAUCUCCGACGUCAGCAGCACACUUCCUUCCUGUCCCUCUCACGUUCGAGCAGCUCGGCAGAGGCUUGGCGUCUGCUGUGCCACUCCAGCCUGGCACUGCUUAUCCUGUAUAAUCGCCAUCGUGAGUGCGAGAUGGCAAAGCUGACCAUAAAUGACUACCGCAGUCGCAUCACUCCAUCCUCUAACUCCAGCUCCCCUCUUGAAGUGUCUUUAUCCCCUUUCGAGCGACAGGUUUUGUGCCACAGGCCCCGCGUCGGUGUUUUAGGAAAGCGCGGUCGGGUUCAGCCGCUAAUUCUUCCACCUCACUCUGAAUCCUGCCUCGAUUUGCUUCUGAAAACCUCCACGGAUGUGAACGUCGAUCCUGAAAGCCCUUAUGUAUUUUCUCGGCCGUAUCAUUCUCCUGCCACCCCUCUGCGUGGCACCGACCUCCUGCGUGGAUUAGCACGUUCCAGUGGGGCUAAAAACCCUGCAGCACUGACAUCACCACGCACGCGAAGGCAAGUCGCCAUCCUCACCCAGCUUUUGCUGAUGGAUGAGGGAGAGAAGGAGAGGCUUGAGCACUUCCUGCACAGCGAGUAUCACGUCACUCAAAGCUGCGCCAGGAUUGGCCAAGACCCAGCGCUGAUGGGCAGAGUGGGCCGUGUUGUGCUGUAUGGGGAGAGAGAUGGUGUGUUGUUCAGAGGAAUGAGCCUCAAACACAUCUGCCUCGAGCUGGAUGUAAUGUCUGGGAAUUCAGCAGAUUCUUUCUCAGAGGAGUCGGACGGAGAAGAAGAGAAGAGUAAUGAAAGAAUAGAGGUGGGAAAGAUGACAGGAGUGAACGGCCGAGGCCCACCUAAAAACGCCAGUCCCGCCCCCUCGCCCACUACGCCCUCCCCCUCAGCUUCGCACAAGAGGCGGAGCGCACAAAUAAAAUCAGAACGUUUACCCCACUUUUCAGGCAAGCGUGGUGUGCUGAAGAGGCCAUGGUCAGAAGCGGAGCGGGUUGCCGUAGAAACCCACCUAAAGCGAAACAUCGUGGAGCUGCGCGUCCCGGCGAAGGCAGACUGUGAGAGAUGUUUGCAGCACUGCCCCCUACUGGUGAGCAACCAGCGUGACUGGAGAGCCAUUAAAUUCUACUGCCACAACCGGAUUCAACUACUGAAGAAACAGGGACGUGGAGGAGCUGCUGUCUGUUAGCUCAACACACACACACAAACGCACACAAACACUGAGGGAGAGACUCUUACUCACACAUUCAAUCCUGGAAUGGGUUGGAUAAGUGACCAUACACACAUUUUUUGGAUUGCUGUGCAUCAGUGUUUCCACUGACCACACACGCGCACGCGCGCACACACACCCUUGUACAUUGUGAGUGGUUGUAUAUGAGUGUGUCCAUUGACUAUACACAAAUAAUGGCUUGAGUAAGUAAGCGAUCGUAUAUACACACACACUCUUUUGUGUCCUUAUACAUUUCAGCAUUUCACCCCAAACACAAAGUGUUAAAAUAGAUUUAUGCGUAUAAACUGACCUCUUAUCCUCCUCACUGACAUGCAUUGGGACUUAGGCGUGUGUGUGUGUGUGUGUGUGUGAACACUGCUACAUAGCCGAAAUCUCCUAUACACCUGACGAAGCAGCUCAAAAUACAUCACACAUGGACCGCAGCAAAGGAUGUAAUUAUUCCUUUAUGAACUCUUUUGUCCAUUUUCUUUUUUAUGACGAUGCUAAUCCUGUUUGGCCAGUGGAGUCUCGCUAUGGAUUGAUUGUGAAAGACUUCUAUAUAAACAUCUGAAAUUUA